CUGGUGUUGUCGAGCUGUCAAAGAAAAGCUUAACUGUCAACCACACAGUUAUUGUUGGAUUCAUUUAUUCCCAAGCUUUUCUCUGUUGUGAUGGCACUAAUAUAGGGUGGGUUUCACACCCUGUGACAUGUGGACCGAAGCAAGAAUCUCCCAUUUUGCAUCUCGUCUCCAACAACACAGCCACUGUCAUGGCCUCCAGUUAUCCACCCCCUUUUGAGGUCACAGGUGAAGUGAAGGAGGGCUUUCUUUGCCCACUUUGCCUGAAGGACCUUCAGUCAUUCUACCAACUCCAAGACCACUACGAAGAGGAGCACUCUGGGGAUGACCGCCAUGUUAGAGGACAGCUCAAAAGUUUGGUUCAGAAGGCAAAGAAAGCCAAAGACAAGCUGUUGAAAAGGGAUGGAGAUGACAGACCGGACACAGGCAGUUAUGAGUCCUUCUACUAUGGUGGAGUGGACCCCUACAUGUGGGAGCCUCAGGAACUGGGAGCAACCAGAAGUCACCUGGACUUCUUUAAAAAACACCGGGCAGCCAGGAUAGAUCACUAUGUCAUUGAGGUCAACAAGCUCAUAAUCAGACUGGAAAAGUUGACAUCGUUUGACAGAACCAGCUCAGAUGUCGCCAAAAUCAGAGCCAUUGAGAAGUCAGUGGUGUCAUGGGUGAAUGACUCAGAUGUCCCCUUCUGUCCCGACUGUGGAAACAAGUUCAACAUCCGGAACAGGCGGCACCACUGUCGCCUCUGUGGGUCCAUCAUGUGUAGGAAGUGCAUGGAAUUUGUCCCCUUACCUUUGGCUCAAAAGCUAAUUACUGGGACACGAGAGGCCCUGUGUGUACCUGGAAGCCCCGUUCAGUCCCAGUCUCCACCAGCAGGAGGUGGCGGUGGAAGCAGUGGGAUGGGCUCCAGGAGAGGCAGCAUCAGCAGCCUGAGCAGCGUAACCUCUAUUCUGGAGGAAAAGGAUGACGAGAAGAUUCGCUGCUGUCACCACUGUAUGGACACGCUGCUGAAGAUACAGCACAAGUUGGAAGAGAAGGACCACGUGCCGGAUAUAGUGAAACUUUACGAGAGGCUGAGGAUGUGCAUGGAGAAGGUGGAUGAAAGGGCUCCAGAAUACAUCAAAAUGGCAGAGUCUCUCAAUGCAGGAGAAACCACAUACAACCUUGACACUGCUGGUGGACUGAGACUGGAAGUACAGAAAUACUACGAACUAAUCGAUGCCCUGAGUAAGAGGAUUUUAACACUAAGUGCAAAAGAUGAUCCACCACCGCAUCCAAAGGCCCUCCAGCUGCAGAGGAUGGUCCGCUAUACAGCCACGCUAUUUGUCCAGGAGAAGCUGUUAGGUCUCAUGUCUUUACCCACUAAGGAGAAAUAUGAAGAGCUGAAAGAAAAGAGGAAACAGGAACAAGAGAAGCGAGUCCAACAAGAGAGACUGGCAGCCCAGGAGACCCUGAAGAGGAGGCAGGAGUCUGAGAAAAACCGUCCACCUCCCAGUACCAACGGAGAGCUGCCGCAGCCCCCUAGAGCUCCACGCAUGACCAAAGCUGGUGGUUGGUUGCCCUCUGCAGACUCUGUCCAUGCACGCAGCGAGCUGGAGGACCCCCUCCUGCAGCAGAUUGAGAACAUACAGUCAUUCCUUCGUCAGGCACGAGAAGCCAAGAGGACAGACGAGGUAGCCAUGUUGGAGGAGAACUUGCGUCAGCUGCAGGAUGAAUACGACCAGCAGCAGACCAGCCUGGCCAUCGCACUCUCCCAGAAGCUGGCUGAGGAGGAGAGCUUGCAGCAGGGGGAGUUCCACCGCCUGGAAACACGGGAAAGGGAGGAGAGGGAGAACUGGGGCCCCACUGUGGGCUCCACCCAGCCUCUCAUCACCUGGGAUAGGUCUUUGGAUAUCAGUCCGGCAGGGGGCUUCCAAGGAGAGGAAGAAACUGCAGCAGAAGACCUGACUCCUAAAGCUGACAGGAGUCCAUCCUCUGUAAGAGCGUUCCCUGCUCUCACAAGCCAGGAAGAGUCACCUCCCAGGUUGAGGAGCUUAGGGGGGCAGGUAACCCCCCCUGGUGGUGAAGGACAGAACAGCACCCCCCUUAACCCUUUUGAUGAGGAGGACUCUACUCCCAUUGAAGAGGAUCCAUCCAAUCCCUUCUUCGAGGACAUCAAGAGGGAACACAAAGAAGUAGUCAAUGGGAAGAAGGAAUACAACCCGUUCGAUGAAGAUGAUGAUGAGCAGGAGGACAAACAGACCGCACCUGGCAACCCCUUUGAGGAGGAUGCUGACACUGACACAGUUAACCCUUUUCUGGAGGCUACUGGGAAUUCUCCAGGAGUCUCGACCAACCCCUUUGACGGGGACAGUGACGACGGGGUUUUGCCCGAUGUGGACAUGAUAGAGGAGGAACUUCUGCUGCAGCAGAUUGACAACAUUAGGGCCUACAUUUUUGACGCAAAGCUCAGCGGCCGUCUCGACGAGGUGGAGCUCCUGUCACAGAACCUGAGAGAGCUACAGCACACCUUACAGGAACAGAAGAGAAAGAAGCACUGACACCUUUCCCUCAAAAUCCCUCUGACUACCUGCUACUUACCAAGUCCUGCAAGGCUAGCUCACUCUACGUGACUAAUGAGCCCACUGAUUCUAGUUUGGGUGAGGUCUGCUGCACCACAAAAAGAUUAGGUUAGUCCCAAAACUAAACACAUAGUAAAGCUCAGUUGUCUGGAGUGACUUUGUUCAUUUCCAAACAUCUUUCUAAACCACUAAUCCUGUACAGGGUCACACGGGGCUGGUGCCUAUCCCAGCAUGCACAAUAUAAGAUAUAAGCCAUGUUGUAUCAGCGCAAACACAAACAGUGGGAGAAUGCUAAAUUUUUAAUGGGACAGUCAGAUGGUUGUUUGAAUUGAGUAUAGCUGUGGUCUUGUGUCAGGAUGUAUGAUUAGGCUCUCUGGCAGAAGGCAUGAGAAGUUGAAAUGUAAUUAUGGCUAAGGGGGAACAAAUGAGAGUAUAAACACGUUAUGAAGCGCAUAAAUCAAUGGAUCAACACAUCGUUACAAAUUAAGUUAAAAGAGUACUCCACCAAUUAAGCAGUCCGAAACAUCUCAUGAUGGACUUUGUUUUUAAUUCAAGGAUCAAAAUAGAUGCAGUAGAUGCAUUCUUCUUCCUUGUCAAAACCUGGUGCCGAAAUGACCCAAAAUGCCACUUGACGGUCUGAGAUUUGGGUUGUGUUAAUAGCGGCUAAUGCAGCCUCAAGCGGGCUACAGAGGUCUGGUAAGCUUCACUCAACUUCGUCACUUCACUCCACACCUUCAGAAUAAGUUUCUUUUUUCAAACACGUAGGCUUCAGCCCCAGCUGAUGCCGACUCAAGUGACAUCACUAGAGGAAAUUCAUCACAUUUCACACAGCUCCACCUGGAGGCUAUAAACUCACAUAUUCAGCAGUACUUACCAAGACCAGUAAACAGACUUUGAUGUGUAAAUUCGGAGUUCACCUAUAAUUCCAUUGAUAUUAAAGGAAUCUUGUUCUUGUACCUACAACUUUACUUUAUUAAUUAUAUCAAAGAACCAAACCAUGCAUUACUGUUCUAACUGGGCCAUUAACAACACUCAAAAUAACCAUCUGAUAAUUUAAUGGGAAACAAAUCGAAUUAGACUUUUAUGACCAUAUUUGGGCAGCAUAGACUUUGAAGGAAAGUGUUCAUUAAAGUGUUAUAUAUUAUAAUAAUAAUCCUUAUAUUAAAAAGUAAUCACAGGCUUAAACUACUAAUACAGUUGCACCACUUGUCAUCAGCAGAGGCUUUGAGCACUCUGUGUCAUAGACUUAAAGGAGGGAAGUUAAAGGCACAUUACAAUACACAGAUUAAAGACAUUCUCGUUGCUCCUGUUCCGUAACCGUCACUCGUACUGACCAUGAUGACGUUGUCAGAAGGAAAACUGCGUUUAAACUUUAAUUGAAGAAGUAUUUGUUUUAACACCUGUUACCACUUGUUUCUGUUUCAGUGGAAGUUGCUUUUUUCUUUAAAUGUUUCAAAUGAACAUGUUAACCUAUGGUCCCUGCUAGAGGACACUUUGUCUGCAUGGUUUAGAUGAAAGUCUUAACUGUUGCGGUUUUGCUUCACUAACCAUUUUUUUUGUGCAUUCUGUCAUGUUUGUCUUGGCAUGGUUGUAUUUUAGAUCUUUCUUUUUUUUAAGCAUCUUUAAUGCCACAGUGAGCCAAAUGAACAAAGCAUUUUACACGUCCAACUGUGCGGCCCCUGAAGGUUAUGACCUUAAUGUUUACAGAGGAACGUCUGAUCCAACUGAGCACUUGGGUUGCAUGAUUCAUGUCCGCGUUGCCAUUGGAUGCUGGUCUUUCUAUCGGUACAGUAUGUGUUCGGACAUACUGAUAAAAUCAAUCAACAUGUUGCUUUUCCUUGCUGCUCGGUCAGGAUCUGUACUGAAAGCAUGUUAUCCGUUCAGUAGUUUCAUCUAAGAAGUCCAUUCAAAGUUCAUACACCCAACACUCCCCAUGAACACACUAAAACCAAUUUGCGAAGGCACAUAGAAACUAAAUUCUUUGGUCAAAACAUUUUAAGGACAUUUUUUUUGUCAGAUAAAUUAACACUACAUGAUUGCCAGCAAGUAUUAUCACUCAUGCCGCUGCUAAGUCAUUACAUGAAUUCAUCAUCGUGCUUUCCUGUCAGUCAGAAUGUCCAUGUGUCUUUAUAGAGACAGAAACGGUGUUUUGUGCAGUCUGUUGAUCUCACGCUGCUUAUGUCCACAGAUUUUAAGCCAAACAUGUCACACUGUAAAUGUUUUGUGACGGUGUGAAUACCUUGAGAAGCUUCUUAAGUGUGUAAGCAGUUGUUUUUUUUCCUGCUCAUUCGGGUAACACCUCUACAUUUAAAACAAUGAUUUAGGACUCGCAGACAUCAGUUUAUUUCCAUCUCGGCACCAAUAAAAAAAAUGUUGUCUCUGUAA